CGCCAUUUUGCCUGUCACAAGGCCGUUGUCCAGUGUUAUCUUUACGAAACCGAAAGGGUGGCAUUUAUUUACAAAAUUGCUUUAUCUUUGUUAUCAGUAAAUCAGUGUAAUGUCGUGUAAAGUGUGAGGCUUGCAAUCGCCCCGGAUCCGCUCUAGUGAUGGAUACGACCGAUCAACCCAAUUCAAUAUGUCACGUUCAACCGAUUCAAAUGUACCCUUUGCCGCCGUCGGAGCCUUCGGUGUCUUUGCCGUUCAAGUUGUUGGCAGGCGAGGCGAUUUUUCAUCAUGGCAAAACAGUGGAUGGGUUGAUUGUGCUCACGAAUUAUCGAUUGUAUCUUCAAUUGGGUGACAAUCAUUAUCAUUUGCCUCUGGGUUUGAUUGAGAGUGUGGAGCACAGGGAACUGUUUUAUCUACAUAUCGGGUGCAAGGAUGCCAGGACGUAUAGGUGUAUUUUCGGCAACAACGAGAGCUGCAUGGAGUGGUUCGAGCGCAUCUCCAAAGCCGCGGAACCCCCACGCCAACUCGAGCAGAUUUUCGCUUUCUAUCACUUCAUUUGGGCGAAAGACAAAGGCGGGGAUGAGAUCGACGACAAAAUCCGGAAUUUGAAACGUUACACGUUCGACUAUAAGCUGUUCAAGGAGGAGAUGGAACGGUUGCAGUUCGAGGGCGAUUCUUGGCGGAUCAGUGAUGCCAACAAAAAUUACAAACUCUGUCCCACCUACCCACCCUAUCUGAUCGUCCCGUCGUGUAUAAACGACGAAACGCUCGAAUGCGUCGCGAAAUUUCGAAGUUCGAGGCGAAUUCCGGCGGUGGUUUGGCGCCACACGAAAAACGGGGCUGUGAUCGCACGCUGCAGCCAACCGGAGGUCGGGUGGCUGGGCUGGCGGUCGAGCGAGGACGAGGAUUUGAUCAAAGCCAUCUCGCAAGCGUGUAACUUCGAUCAGAGGAAUGACAAAGAGUCGAUUUUGAGCCACUCGCCUGGCUCGCUGCACUCGGAGGAUUCGCUCCAGAUCACGACGGAUCUUAGCACCAAAGAGAAGAAAGUACUAAUCAUGGAUGCGAGGUCGUAUACGACGGCUGUGGCCAAUCGGGCGCGAGGUGGGGGGUGUGAGUGUCCAGAAUAUUACCCGAAUUGUGAAAUACAGUUUAUGAAUUUGGCAAAUAUACAUUCCAUCCGGAAGAGUUUUAAUGCACUGCGUUUGUUGUGUACGGCGUCUGCGGAUCAACCGAAUUGGUUUAGUCAACUCGAGGGUACCCGCUGGUUGCAGCAUAUGUCAGGUUUGAUGAAGGCGGCGGUGACUUUGGUCAAUGCUGUGGAGAGGGAAGCAAGGCCUGUUCUAGUCCACUGUUCUGAUGGCUGGGACAGGACGCCACAAAUUGUGGCUUUGGCCGAACUUUUACUCGACCCGCAUUAUAGGACAAUGGAUGGUUUCCGUAUUUUAAUCGAACGCGAAUGGCUCGCCUUUGGGCACAAAUUCGCCGACAGGUGCGGCCAUUCAAGUAACGACGACCCGAACGAACGAUGUCCCGUCUUUCUACAGUGGUUGGAUUGUGUUCAUCAACUUUUACUACAAUUCUCUUGUGCUUUUGAAUUCUCGCAAAGUUAUCUCGUUAAACUAGCUCAACACGUCUAUUCAAACAUCUACGGCACGUUCCUGUGCAACACGUUUCAAGAACGAAUGAAAAUAGUCAACGGUAAAACAUUCUCGGUUUGGGAGUUUUUAAAUUCGCCCCGGUUUAAGAACCACCUGUACGCUUCACCCGGCAAUAGUUGCGGAAAUAAAGUUUUGUGGCCGCAGUGCAACGUGCGCGACUUGCAGUUGUGGCGCGAGGUUUAUUUGGGUUCUUGGGAGUCUAAUUUCAGCACGGAUGGGGGCUCAGGGUCGUGUCCUGGCCCCCCUGAGUCUUCCCCGUCUCACAUGACCAAGACCAGGUCGUACGGAGACUUGCUGAACGCAGCCGACGUCUGCUCCAACCAGUUCAGGCGCAGCAGCGACCCUAGUAUUAAUAUCGAUAAGAAACUAUUGAUGUCUCAGGAAACCGCCACUCAGGACAUAGUCAACGGUCACUCGAAGCAGGGCGAUUUUUUAUGCAACGACACGGACGAAGUGGAGUGUAACAAGGACUGUAUUUACAAAGACGACAAGCCGAAGUUCCAAAUCCGGAACGGGAGUGCGGGGGGCGUGCGGGACGGUGAUUUCCUGCGAGACCAUGUGAUAAACGGUGAUAAGACUGAUACUAGUGACGAGUGUGAGGAUGAAGUGCGCGGUGGUGUGUGUCUGCAUGAGUUUCUGACGCCGUCCCUUAGUCACAAUAAUUGUAACGAAGUCGAUUCGGAUAACGAGUUGACGGAGAAGAGCGAAAGCAAGUCGGAAAACACAGUGUGCGAGAAGCUAGAAACGAGUACCGAUACCUUAGUUUCAGAUAAUCACAAUAUUAGUUCGUCUCCGUUGGAAGUGAACGGUUUUGAGAAACUGCAAAGCCCGGAAGAGGGGGCCGACUUGCCCGACGGGUACAACAAACUGAGUGCUCAAUUGAGUUUAGUCAACGAGUGUCACCGAGAGGCGGCCAAAUAUUGCAUUUCACCCUUGUAUUCGCGAACGUCGAGUAGUAGUGGCUGGGAUAGUGGGUUAUCGCCACACAAGCCGUGGCAUCAGACACAUCCCUAUAGUUUAGGCGACGAUGGACUGAUUCCCGUCACGUCCGUGGCACAAGAGAGACUGUGGCAAAUUAUCCAAGAGCACAAGCGGAAAGAAGAGCUGCUGGAGAAAGAAUUGCACACCUACCGCCAGGCAUUACUCAAGCAAUCGUGCCACCGGUGUAACAACAACGACAGUGAAAAACUAGACGAUGCUUCUGAUAGCGAAUCGGAAUCGUCUAAUUGCAGCCCCCAAAGACUUUCGAGCCCCGUUUCCAAUAAAGCGAGUUCGGUUGUGGAGUCGGUUUGUAGCGCUGGCGAAGGCCAGGCCUCCGCUGUCGAAUCCCUCCGCUCGGACAUGUCCUGGGAGGCCCUCGAGGAGAACUCGAUUUUGACUGAAUGUACGACAACCCUAUGGGUGCCCGACCAUGCCGUCAGCCGCUGCACGGGCUGCCAGACCGAGUUCUGGGUCGGCAAACGAAAACACCACUGCAGAAAAUGUGGCCGGAUUUUUUGCGCCAGUUGUUCCGAAAACAGCACCCCCCUGCCCUCCGAACAGCUCUACAACCCGGUGAGGGUGUGCACUGGUUGCUACUCGAAGCUGAGACGGGACUGCGGGGAACUCCCGGACCAGUGCAAGCACAGCAACCCCCAACCGACCAAUAGCAACCCCCAGAUAACAGCGUCCAGUAACUAACACUGCAUUUUCCAAAGCUCGGUUGGCGAUGAUUAAAUAAAGGCUGAACGUACUGUGAUUAGACGAAUUCAUUUUUUGUUCGUGGCUUAUUAAAGAUUUUAUUAGUGUUUGUCUUGUUGACGUUAAACUUUUUGGAUUUGGAAUAAAUUGGUUUAUAACACGUAAAAAAGACACAUAGUGCACUUGAUUCUUGAUUAAUUCAAUUUCAAAUCACUAAUCACAAGGAUUGUUUUUCGUUUCUUAAAAAGAGAACACUGUGAUGAAUUUUAGAAGGUAUAAAGUUUGUACGAAAUUUUGCACUAGUUGAAUGAAUUGUCACGUUUUCGCGCGGAUUGGGAUUACCUUUAAUUAACGACCGUGUAACCAUGUUAUCUAUGUUUCCAGGUGUAAAAUUGAGAUCCUUGUACAAUAAUUGUUAGGGAGGUACUGACGUACACAAAAAAAUGACUAUUUUAUUUUAUAUACCAUUAAUGUAUAGACUCUGUAGAAUGUUGUUGGUUUUCGCAAUAUUUUUCUAAACUGUUGCAACUAAAAACAUUGCGGAAAUUGUACAUAAUUUUUUUCACUAUUAUGUAUUUCUUUACACUUUUUGAUGUUAUAACUGUAUAUAAGAAGAUCGAGUAUUUAAUUGUAAAGAUAUAACAGUUCCUUUAUGAUAUUUUCUAAGCCAGGGCAUUACAUGCAGUGGGACAGCUUCUUAAUCUUUCGUUUGUUUAGGUUUUAAUCUCUAAAUUGUAAACUCAUUAGUUCUUGGUAUAUUUGUAAAAGUAAACAUAGAUACUUGCAUUUAAUUUAGCAACUAUCAUAGAAUGUAACUUUUAAAAUUAGUUGCCAAUAAAAUAUUUAAUUAC